AUGAAAUUGUUCGUGAUCGCCGCCCUCGUCGCCGUGGCCGCUGCCGGUCGUCUGGAACACCUGGAACGCUCCUACCUUCCUCCUGACAACUCCAUUGGAGUCGCGAGGUCAUCCUUCGGCUCCAACGGAGGCUUUGGCUCCGGCUCCGGCUCCCAUGGGUCAUUCGGAUCUAACUCUGGUGCCUUCGGCGCUGCUGGAGCGGGUCUGCAAGGCCACAACGCUGGUGCUCGCUACUCUGGCGCCACUUCCAACCAGUACCUGCCUCCUAACCAUGGACCUUCUGGCGCUCAGGGUGCUCCUCAGUUCGCUGGCUCUUUAACCGGUUUCGGUAGCCAGAACUUCCGUAGCCAGCAGCAAUACAGUGGUCACGGCGCUGGUCAUGGUGCCGCCCAUGGUGUUGCUCAGCAGUACUCCGCUCCCAGCUCCCACUUUGGAUCUCAGGGUUCCUUCGGAUCUCAGGGCUCCUUCGGUGCUAACUACCAGGGCCAGUACUCCCAGCAGUCUGCCGCCACCAGCCGUCAGUACUUGGCUCCUCACUCCGGCUCCUACCAGAACCCUCCCCAACAAGCCUUCGAUGAACAAACAGGAUACCACUACUAA